GCCUGCUUUCGAAAGUCCUCCUCCUCUUCAGUUUCACUCUGCAGCAAAGCACCUAGGUGCCACUUCUUCUGCCUCGUUUCGUCUUCUCUGAAAAAAGAAGACCCUUUUUGAUUCAAUCGCACCAAAUUUCACAGCUGUUAUCCAGUAUGAUGUUCUACCUGAAAGUCGGCACUCUUCUGAUGGCCACAUUAAUGAUCGUUUCCAUAGCGACGACUUCGUCUAAAAGCCUGGGGUCUCAAGAGAAAGUCUUCUACCCUUCGCAGCUAGAUAUGGUUGAUGACGACGGAUCUCUUGACAAUGCUCUUCUCAACUACCUGUUUGCUCGUCAAAUGGUGAAUCGUUUGAGAAACAACAUGGAUGUCACAGACCUCCAGAGGAAACGAUCUUAUUGGAAGCAGUGUGCUUUCAAUGCGGUCUCCUGUUUUGGAAAGAAAUAACUUCUAAAAUCCUCUUUUCUUUCGAUCAGCAAAAAGGAACAUUUGUCACCGGAUAUUUAUCAUAAAUGUCUCUAAUUUAUUUUUCAGCAAAAUUAGAAUAGAAUUUGACAUUCAUCAUGCCCCUAUAAGGAAUUGAAUUCCCUUAAUUUCUUAUGUAAAAUCUUUUCAAGAUUCUUCUAAUGAUUUCAUACUUGCAUGCUUUAUAUUAAUAAUAAAUUAUUAAAUAUGUAUUAUUCUGCAUUGAUUUCUUUUCAUGUAUAUCUUGCUAUUCAUAUCCUAUAUUCAGUAUUUCUCAAUUCUUUUAUUAUGUUUCUUCCCAACCGUCUU